AUGGUGAGCCAGUCCUCGAAGGGGGUCGAUUUACGACUUCACUGUCAAGAUGCUCGAGGAAAUGAUGUCAAUCUCAGUUUCUACAAGGACAAGGUCUUGCUGAUUGUCAACGUCACUUCGCAGUGUGGACUGACCAAUUCAAAUUACACCGAACUCAGUCAGAUCUAUGAGAAAUACAAGAAUCAAGGUUUGGAGAUAUUAGCAUUCCCGUGCAACCAGUUUGGAGCUCAGGAGCCAGGGACAAAUGAGGAGAUCCUAGAAUUUGCUUGCGCUCGAUUCAAAGCUGAAUGUCCCAUUUUUGGUAAUGUUGAUGUGAAUGGUGAAAAUGCUGCUCCUCUCUACAAGUUCCUGAAAUCAAGCAAGGGAGGACUCUUUGGGGAUAACAUUAAGUAG